AAUCUUUUAGCUCAAACAAAACUCGAUAGCUUGAACUUAAAAUAAAUCCUUUUGAAUCCAUUUCUUCAUUGAAAGAAGAAAGAAAUGACUGAUUCCGAUGAUUUCACUUAUGAUGUUAUUGUGGUCGGAGCCGGAGUUAUGGGCAGCUCCGCAGCUUACCAAAUUGCUAAACGAGGUAAAAAAGUACUCCUCCUCGAACAGUUCGAUUUCUUGCACAACCGGGGCUCAUCCCACGGCGAAUCAAGAACCAUAAGAGUAACCUACGCAAAAGAUUACUACCCGAAAAUGGUUUUGCAUUCCGAAAAAUCAUGGGAAGAAGCUGAAGCAGAAGUUGGGUACAAGGUGUAUUUCAAGACGCCCCAAUUCGACUUGGGUCCAAAGGACAGCAAGUCUCUCCAAUCCGUCAUCUCCUGCUGCCGGAAAAACUCGAUUCCGGCUCGAAUUCUCGACCAUGAUGAAGUAAUCAAAGAGGGUUGGGGAAAGUUUCAACUGAGCGAUGAAGAUUGGAUCGGUGUUGUGAAUGAACACGGUGGAGUAAUCAGGCCCACCAAAGCUGUUUCCAUGUUUCAAACACUUGCAUUCAAAUAUGGUGCCCUGUUGAAGGACAACUCUGAAGUUGUAGAUAUCAAAAGGGAUGAUUCCAAUGGUGGAAUUUUAGUGCGUACUAAAGAUAAUCAAACAUUUCGGGGCAGAAAAUGUGUUGUCACAGUUGGAGCUUGGAUGCAAAAAUUGGUUCAGAAAGUUUCAGAUAAAAAACUGCCAAUUCAACCCCUUCAAAUUGCUGCAUACUAUUGGAAGAUCAGAGAAGGUCAUGAAGAUGAUUUCAAAAUCGAGAAUGGUUUCCCGACUUUUGGUAGCUAUGGUGAGCCACACAUAUUUGGGACACCGUCUUUGGAGUUCCCGGGAUUGAUCAAAAUCUGCCUUCACGGCGGCGAUCCAUGCGACCCGGAUAACAGAGCAUGGACGGAAGUCAACUCUGUUGCUAUAAUUGCGAUCAAGGAAUGGAUACAGAGCAGAUUGGGAGACCUCGUUGAUGCCGUUAACGGCCCAGUGAUAGCUCAGCCUUGCAUGUAUUCUAUGACCCCAGAUGAGGAUUUCAUCAUUGAUUUCUUGGGUGGAGAAUUCGGGAACGAUUUGGUGGUUGCCGGUGGUUUUUCCGGGCAUGGUUUCAAAAUGGCGCCGAUUAUCGGAAAAAUAUUGGCUGAACUUGCCGUUGACGGGAAGCUGGUUGACGUUAACAGCAUCGUUGAAUUGAAAUACUUCAGGAUAAAGAGGUUUGAAGAGAAUCCUAAAGGCAAUUUGGAGGAAGAAAAUUCUGGUGAUCAUGUCAAGCAAUGCUUGUAGGAUCGUGAUUCUACGUAAGAUCAAAAUGAGGUCAUAGGAUUGGAUCGGAAACGGAAUCGGUGGGAUCGGAAUAAUAGGAUCGUAAAAUUAAUUAUACAUGUUAUAUAAUUAAUUGCUUUAAUAAUUAG